UCCCUUUCGAAAAUUGCAAAUACCCUGUGAUGGUCAAUUCCUUUUGAAUGAAAAAUAUGUGCUAAUGCAAAUCUGGAGACACAUGGAUAAAAAUAAAUGUGUACAUAUGUAUGGAAAUAUGCAUAUCUCUACAAGCAUGUACCAUAUGUGUGUAUGUAUGUAUGUACAUGUGCAUAUAAAUAUUAUAGCUUGUGAGAAUUUGUGUGACAAAUAUUGUGGUAAUCCCAAAUAUUUAAAAUUUACCAAACAUUCCCAAUACAAAAGUGUUGGGCCUUCAACAGGAAAUCGAAAAUGUGUGACAUCGAAUUUUAGAUUGGGAUGCGCUUGUGGCAAUUAAUAGCUGCACCAAGAACAGUUCCCAAUUGUUAUUGAAAUAUGUUGUUACUUUCUCAAACUCAAUAAAAACUAAAAGUGAUAUUCUAUUAAUCGGUCAACAAUUUGAUCUUUCUAUGGAUUACACAUUGUUGUUGUAUGAAGUUGCACUUAUAAAGUCAGUGGUUGUCAAAUAGCAAUUGCAGUUAUCAUAAAUGAUGUAGUAGUGUACGCAGAUGUAUGCAUUUAGGGAUGAUAAACAAUUGCAUGUAUUGUUAAAUAUUGGCUUCAAGGCUAACUACAACAUUUUGCGUGGCGCCCACGGCCUCGUGCAGUCCAAAAUAUCGUUGUUUCUUCAGUGAGUUCAAAAUAUAAAUACAUACAAACAUAUGCAUGUGAGAUAUUUAAGAAUGUCAAUAUUGCCAUGUUUAAGUUAAAUGACGAAGUUCAAAAUCUCAUUGAUAACGGUUAAAGUGAAUUCCCUAUUAAACUAAAGAAAAAGGAGAGAAGAGAGAGACAACUGUGACAGUGACAAUUUUAGCUAUCCGCUGGGAUGAAAGUAUUGAACUGGUAUUAAUAGAUUUGUGCAGUUGGAAUGGAGCUGUUUGCCUACAUUCUACCCUCCAUUGUGCAAUGGUUAUGUAUUUAUGGCACUUCUGCAGCGGAUAUAUUGUAUGGAUUGCACUCUGAUGAGCUCAAAUCAGGCACGCUAAUUAUACCAAAGCGAGUAAAUGAACGUGGCGUAUUUUUAACUCACGACUUGAAGUUUCGACACGAUCAGAAUUAUCGUCAUGAACAUAGCCGACAUCGUCGAAGUGUGGCCAAAAGAGUUGGUAAAGUUCACUACAGACUGGAUAUGGAUAAUGAAACUAUACAUCUCGAAUUAGAACCGCACACUUAUUUCAUGGCACCGAACUUUGUAAUCGAGAGACAUCGACGUGAUAUUCGGACUCGUAAAAGGGAAAUAAGAAGCACUGACUGUCAUUUUCACGGCAAAGUACGUGGACAUUCAGAAUCGAAUGUGGCGAUAUCAACUUGCGAAGGAUUGGUUGGCCAUAUAAAAACCAAAAAUCAUGAGUACUACAUUGAGCCCUCAAAGUACAAUAACGCUGACACAGUUAAUGGACACCCGCACGUAUUAUUUCACAAAUCGUCUCUGAAACUUAAGAAUCAGGAUAACAAUAGAUCGCCUGACGGUGGGAAACACAGACAAAAACAAAAACCACGAGAAGCGCUGGUCAGCAAUUGUGGAACUAAGGAGCCGAAAAUACACACGGAGACGCGGCUGGAAUGGCAAGCGCAGGGAAAAGUUAGAAUUCAAGGCGGUAGAAAAUUGCGGCGACAGCAUCAGCGCGGAAAGCACCAUCAUCAGCACCGACAUCAACAUCAAAACUUAUUACAAAGGAUGCAAAAGCGACGUAACAGGAAAUACCUUCAACAGACACAACAUUUACCACAAACUAAAUUUAAAUAUGAGACUGCAUCAGAUGAGAUUAAAGCUGUUAUCGUCGAUAACAACACUGAUUUCAGUUUAACCCCUAACUUCAGUAUGGAAAGCAGCACCGAUACAGUAAACGUUAACAUUGGCAACAUUAAGAAUAACAAUGACGACGACCGGCAAAUUAUGAAAAUGAAAAACAGAAAACGCACGAAACGUUCAAUUAGCAGCCCACGUCAUGUGGAAGCGUUAAUAGUGGCAGAUGCAACAAUGGUUGCUUUCCAUAGUAAAUUGGAGACAUAUUUACUUACCAUAAUGAAUAUGGUAUCGGCGCUGUACAAGGAUCCCAGCAUUGGCAAUUUAAUCGAGAUCGUCGUCGUGAAGAUAGUUUUGCUGGAAGAGCAAGAAGCGCAUCCGGAUCUUAAUCUGACGCAAAAUGCCCAAAAGAAUUUGGACACAUUUUGUAGCUGGCAGCACAAACUGAAUACAGCUAAUGAAACCGAUCCAUAUCACCACGAUGUUGCAAUUCUUAUUACAAGAACGAACAUCUGCGGCAACAAUUGCAUGACUCUGGGCUUGGCCAAUGUGGGUGGCAUGUGUAAACCGAAACAAUCUUGUAGUGUCAACGAGGACAACGGUAUCAUGUUGUCACAUACAAUCGCACACGAACUGGGACACAAUUUCGGCAUGUUUCACGAUACAGCGAAAAUCGGAUGCCAUCCUCGAAUAGGGUCAAUCGUUCACAUAAUGACUCCGACUUUUGGUGCUGACACCUUACAAGUUUGCUGGUCGAACUGUAGCCGCAAAUAUAUUACACAAUUCCUCGACCAAGGUCUCGGCAACUGUCUAGAUGACACACCUACUCCUGUAAAGGAGUAUGUUUACCCUGCUCUACCUCCGGGAGUGCUUUUCGAUGCCGAACGACAAUGCCGUUUGCAGUUCAAUCUUACCGACUCCGACGUCAAUGCGUCGUCGUGUACAUCUAUGACUGAAAUCUGCUCAGCAUUGUGGUGUAGAGUGAAUGGCGAGUGUGUAACAAACAUGCGGCCGACGGCACCGGGUACUAGUUGUGGUGAUGGAAAGUGGUGCCAGAAAGGCGAAUGUGUACCUCAUGAGCAAGCUCAUCCUGUCAAUGGCAGUUGGGGUGAGUGGUCCGAGUGGAGUGAAUGUUCGAGAGCUUGUGGUGGCGGCGUGUCUACACAGAAACGGGAGUGCAACAAUCCGGUUCCGGCAAAUGGGGGUCUCUUCUGCAUUGGUGAAAGGAAAAGGUAUAAAAUAUGCAAUCAUGAACCGUGUCCAUUGGGAGAAGUGAGUUUUCGUGCAAAACAAUGUUCCAAGUAUGACAAUGUGUGCUAUCAGGGAGCAACCUACAAAUGGUUACCAUUUUUCGAUAAAAAAAAUCCCUGCAAAUUGUUAUGUACAGAUGUCGACGAUACGAUCAUAGCGAACUGGGGAGAAGUGGUGAAAGAUGGGACGCCCUGCCGCGUUGGCACCAACGAUAUGUGCAUCGAUGGAAUUUGCAAGAAAGUUGGAUGUGAUUGGGCUGUAGAUUCUGAUGUGCAAGAAGAUCAGUGCGGAGUGUGCGGAGGCAAUAAUGAUCAAUGUAAGUCUGUGAAGGAACAAUUUGAGGAAAGUUUAAAUGUAACCGAUGGCUACGUGGACGUAGUCACUAUUCCUGCUAAGGCCCGCCAUAUUAUGAUAAAAGAAUCAAGAAAUUCUCAUAAUUUCCUCGCCAUAUCCCGGGCGAAUAGCAGCUAUUUUUACCUAAAUGGUGAUGGCCUUAUAUCAAUGCCAGGAGAAUUUAAUAUCGCAGGCACAGAGAGCUUAUAUGAUCGGAUAGACGAACAGGAGAGCAUCAAAAUACCUCAACCAAUUGAAGAUGCUAUAACGGUGCAUAUAAUAGUUCGCGGCGACGUACUGAAUGCUGCAAGUAUUCACUAUGAAUUUACUUUGCCUGCACUUAAUAACACCAAAGGGAAAAAGUACUUUUGGAAGUUGGGUGACUGGACACAGUGCACCAGCAGCUGUGGCGGAGGAGUCCAAUAUCGGAUAGCAAACUGCUAUGAAGACGGUGAAUUGACAAACGCUGGCGAGUUGUGUUGGACUUUUGCACAGAACAAACGACCAAAGCGACGCAUACGAGCUUGUAAUAGACACCAAUGUCCAGAACACUGGUGGGCGGGUCCGUGGCAAUACUGUCCAGUUACCUGCAAAUGGUCAGAGGGAGUGUUGCCCGUGAGGCGGCGCACAGUCAUGUGUCUCGAUGAAAACGAAGUUGUGGUCCAAGACGACCGCUGCAAUGAUGCGCUUAAACCACCCGACAUAGAACCCUGUAGUCAUAAUUUGCCUACAUGUAAGGUAAGCGAGAAAAUGGAUAAUUUUAUUUUGCGAGUGCAAAACCUCUAAAUCAUUUGUUAAAAGGAAAAUUCGUUUCCUUCUUCCAAACAAAUGAAAUGCUCAGAUGAUGUAAUGUAGUUAUUUAUGCUGGUUUCUAUUGAUCAAACAAUUGUACAUAUAUUAUAUUUUUAAUAAAUCGCUGUAAUCUUAGUCAAUAAGAACAUUGUACUUAAAUAAUAGUGAAGCUAAGCCUACGCUGCAAUACUUUGCACAGAAUCAAAAUAGUAUAAAUUCCCAUAUAUGUGUAUGUAUAUUUAUACGUGUAUGUAUAUUAAAGACAUAAAUUAUUCCUACAAUUUACAAUUUAUUCUUACUCUUACAAUUGUUAGACUAUAUUUGUGUAUGUACAUUUUUCGGAAGCUUAGAGUUAAAACGAGUUCACUCCAUUUUGUAAAGGGUCUUUCAGCUGCCACACCAUUAAAAAUCUUUUCAGCAUGACA